GUCUGGCCCAUUAGUGUCCCAAGAUGAAACCUUACCGCGGGUGCGCGUAUAUAUAAUCCCACACCUCUUGCCCUAGGGUUUCUCGACGGACUCAGCCGGCGGCGUAGGGUUUUGCUUGCUCGCACCAAUUCCAGGUCAGCGGAGCGAGCGCGAAGCCGGCCAUGGCGCCGACGCCGGCCAAGUCAGGUCUCUUCGUCGGCAUCAAUAAGGGGCACAUCGUCACCAAGCGCGAGCUGCCGCUUCGCCCGUCCGACCGCAAGGGGAAAGCUACUAAGAGGGUGACUUUCGUCAGAAGCUUGAUUAGGGAGGUUGCUGGAUUUGCCCCCUAUGAGAAGCGUAUCACUGAGCUUCUGAAGGUUGGGAAGGACAAGCGUGCACUUAAGGUGGCCAAGAGAAAGCUUGGUACUCACAAGAGAGCAAAGAAGAAGAGAGAGGAGAUGGCUAGUGUUCUCAGGAAGAUGAGGGCCGGUGGUGGUGGUGCGGACAAGAAGAAAUAGAUUUUGCAUAAUUAUGAUCCUGUGGAAUCCUCUGUUACAUGCUUCAUUAGUCCCUGCGGAUAGAAAUUUUCUAGCUUGGCAACUGUUUUGGCCUCUAGAACAACCCAGUCCUUGUUCUGAGUGAACCUGUGAAGUUUUGGAAACUAUCAUCACCAGGAUUAUUUGUUGAGCGCUCUUAUCAAUUUGGUGGAAUUUCUGUUUACUGUAUUGCUCGUGCAUGCCAAAUUGGUUAGAAUCUACCAGCCACCAAUUUUGCC